GUCUAAGCAGUCAGUCUGGGUCCAGUUGUUGUCUAAGACGAUCCUCAACAUCUUCUUGCUCAGCCUUUUUAUAUUUGUUCCAGAAAUCAAUUUACGCAAUACUUGGCUGGUUGCUUAAAUAUCUGAGCGGAAAUAGAAGACGGGGGAAAGAAGACAUCAUGUCUGUAGUGAAGACGGUACUUAUUGGGUUGACGGCUGCUACCAUGGUCGUCUUAGUAUAUGGUCAGACUGACAUUGAAAUGACUGACGAUUGCUUAGGGUGCUUGUGCGAUGCGUCCACUCGUUGUAACAAGGCUAUGGGUUGUCAUUCUGUUAACUUGAAGGUCUGUGGUCCCUUCCUCAUAUCUAAACCCUACUGGAAUGAAGCUGGCAAACCCGUUCUUAACGAAAGGGACGACCCCUAUGCAGAAAAUGCUUUUAAUGACUGUGUUCACGAUUACACGUGCUCCGUGAAGACCAUCCGCAACUACAUGGCAAAAUAUGGCAAAGACUGUAACGGCGACGGCGUUAUUGACUGCGACGACUUUGCGAGGCUCCACAAGUUCGGCUAUACGGAUUGCUCCAAACCUUACGAGCCCAUAUUCAAUAGCAGAUUCAGUUACUGCAUAAAUAAUGCCAUCUUCUAUUAGGUCGCUGUUCGAUAUCCCAAUGAACCAAGAGACUAAAACGACCUAUUUGCCAUUGCCACCAAUCAGGGACCACCACCACCACCAAUGAUCAUCACCGGCAGUGAUCACUACCACCACAGUGACUACCAACAAUAGCGACCACCACCAUCAAUAGUGACCACCUCCACCUCUAACAGCAACAAUAGUGAUCACCACCACCGAGAGUGACCACCAUCACCAAUAGCGACUACCACCACCAAUCAGCACCCCUACCAGCGUACAGCUUAUUGAAUAGAAACUUUUCAAAACUAAUCCCUACAAACCUGAUACACAGGCUAAGCAAGGGGAGGGAGUAGCAACAUACAUCAGAGACAAUGUAAUGUGCACUGCCAAAGAGGUGAGCCAAAACCGAGUCACACCCAGAAACAAUAUGGAUAAGAUUAAAAUGAAGACAAUGAUAGACUAAUACUAGGAGUUGUGUAUAAGUGUAUUAGUUCUAAACUUCGACAAAAUAGUUAGAACCUUUAGCUCUAACAAUGUGUUAUUAGCAACUAUAAUUUUUGUAAAAUUAACUGGACUAACAAAACUGAGAAUGCUGAAGCAGAAUUUUUUUUUUUUUUUUAGAAUUAGUUGAUGAUUUCUUCCUUAAACAACAUAUUAAUGAACCAAUACAGGAAAAUAAUAUUUUAGAGUUAGUGCCAGCUAACAGGAUGACUAAUAAAUAUCCUCGAAAUAGGGAGUGAGUCGGAAAAUAGCGAUCACAGUUAAUCAGAUUUACCACAGAACGUAACGUUGUUUGUGAGGGAGACUAUGCUAGAGUGUCAAGAGUUCCAUCAAGCUGAUUAUGAGGGAUUAAGGAGUUUCCUGAGAAGGGCUGAUUGGACGGACUUGAAUAUUUAAAGCACGCAGUUCUUAGUACGUGUCGAAGGUCUGGCGGUGGGUGACGGGACAAUGGAUUACUAUGUAGAUUCAAAUUAUACCUCAUUUACAAUUAUUCUUAGUAAAGCCAAGAAGUGUAUAUUACAAUAUCUGAUUAGGUGAAUACACAACCCAACAACUUGGACUAGACGGCAGAGCGACUAUCUCGCUUCUUGCAGGUCGGCAUUCAAUCCCCGACCGUCCAAGUGGUUGGACACCAUUCCUUCGUUCCGUCCUUGCCUAAAUCCUUAUCCUCAUAGAUUGAUUCAUAAAGAUUAAGCUACCCAAAAGGUGGCAUUAAUAGCCCGUAGCUUAUCCUCAUAUCUUUUCCAAGGGCUAUAUAGUCAUAAUGGCUUAGUGCUUUAUCCUGAUAAUUACCUUAGCUUGGUCGACAAACAAUAACCUAAAAAUGGGUAACCAUGGGACUGAACACUCGUAUCGGAAAAUAAGAAUGCUACGAUUAAGAAUGGGGAAGUCUAUCUAAAAUAACAAUUUGUCAAAUUAAGAAGUAAAAAAGAAAUAAGAAAAGCAUAAGAAAUAUUAAAGUAUGUAUAGCAAGGCCAGCAAACGCAAAUCACAAAGUUUUUCAGAUAUAUCAAACAAAGAUUAGGGAGAAGACGGGGCCAAGGGAACACGGGACAGGCCAGGUGUCUAGUAAUGACAAAGAAGUGGGUCUCUCUACUAUAGAAUGGACAUUAAUACACCUGAACGCGUAUAGAGAAGGAUGGAAAAGUUUUAUCCUAGGAAUCCGGGACAGUCCUUAUGUAUAGAUUUAAAAAUACUUAAUUUAGAUUCUAAAGAAAGACGAGUAAUAGGUUCUGUAAUGAUUAAAGUACAAACAUGGACGAAAGGAUAUACAAAAGGUUUAUAAAAAGAUUUUUAAAAAAUCUGCAUAAAAUAGGACACUAAUCAACAUAUAUAAAUUGGAUUAUCUUAGAUUCAGAAAGGACCUGCGUAAAUACUGGUUUGGAAACAAAGGUUGUAGGUUUAUGGGACAAAUUACCGGGUAUUAUAACUGACCUCGGAUAGCUGGAUUGUUUUAAGUCUAUGUUAUGAAUGAGUUAGGGUGGCUGUAAAUAGGAGCUGCCUUGUAUAGGCAAAAGGGCCUCCUGCAGUUCACUUUACUCUUUAUGUUCUUAUACUCUUAUGUUCUACUAAGUACUAACCGGUACUAAAUAUGUGUGUUUAGUAAUAUGAGAACCAAACCUAAAACAAUAAAGUGUAUUCUAUUACUGUGCUGCCAAUGCUACUGUACAUGACUAUAUUAACUUCGGAUCACUCUACUCUAAAUUAGAGAAUUAAAGACCGCAGGUCUUUAAUUUUCUAUUUUUAAAUUUUUAAUUCAGUGUGCACAAUGGAUCAUAGAGCAAUGAUUCUUCGUACACACUACACAAAGACACCAAUUAUAUAUACAACAGCGUCCACAAAAAUUAUAUUAGCACAGAAUGAAUCAGAGAAAAAGUUAUUUCUAAACAUUAAAUAAUAUAGCUAGAUAAACAAGCAGGUGAUGCCAAAGUGUCAUUGCUUAUGAAUGUAGAAAUAACUCUUUCUCUCUCACUUGAGGUCAUUUGCAUUAGUGAAUAUUGUUACAUGUUAAUGUUGUCAUAUGUUAAUUUUGCCAUAUGUUAAUUUGGCAACAUUAACCUGUGUUUAUUAUAUAUACCAUUACCAAUUAG